AACCCUUUGUGUCUGCCUGAUUGUCAUCCCCCGACCACCCCUAUUACCGACGAAACCAAUCUGAUAGUGGCAGCUAGUCAUCAACAUGGUGGACAUCAACUUGGAGUGCGUGCACCAGAUCGAACCGAAGACCCGUUCCACUGGUCAGCAGCAGCAGGAGCGAGGGUUAAAGGAAGCCUACCUGGAAGCGGUCCGCAUUCUGUUAGUGCUGCUGGAGAACAUCUUGGCGCAGCCGGAGAACUCCAUGUUCCGCACCAUACGGCAGGAAAACAAAGCUAUUAAAGAAAAGCUGCUGUCCUUGCCCGGCUGUGAGAGGUUACUGGAAGCCAUAGGCUUUAUACGCACCCCCAGUUCCAACGCCUACACCUUGCCCACCGAGGUGUCCCUGCAGCAGGUGAAGAAGUACAGAGAUGCGCUAAGCGAAAGACGCACUGCCUGGCUUAACGGCACAGUGUCGAAAAGUCCUCCUCAACAAAGUACCACCAGCACCACGCCCUUGUUCAUCAAGCCUUCCGUGGAAUAUCGUCAUAGAAUCGCCUUCCCCCGUGUGUUGCGCACCAAUAAUAACUUUCUGCAGUCGCUAGAGCUUUAUUCCGAUGCAGUCAUGCAGUACGAGGAUAACCUGCUGCUGGCUACUGGCCGCACUCUGAUUCCAGUGGAGGAGCUCACCGAAAUGGCAAGCGAGAAACUGAUAGACAUCCAAGAUCAAAUUGCGUCGGGUGAGCGUCAGGAGAAGGAGCCAUGUGUUCGCGACUUGCUGCUUGUGGAGCUGGUAAACUGGUUCAACACGCAGUUCUUCCAGUGGGUAAACAAUAUACCUUGCCGCGUGUGUGGGAGUGAAGAGAGCAAGCUGCGCCGUACUGAACGGGAAGGUGAUAUAAGGGUGGAGGUCACCGUCUGCUGCGGCCAGGAGAGCAAGUUCUACCGCUAUAACGACAUCUCCCAGCUCCUCGUUUCCCGUAAGGGCCGUUGCGGAGAAUAUGCCAAUUGCUUCACAUUCCUCUGUCGCGCCCUCGACUACGACGCCCGCAUUGUCCACUCGCAUUUUGAUCACGUCUGGACCGAGGUGUACUCCGAGGCCCAGAUGCGUUGGCUGCAUGUUGACCCCUCCGAGAACGUGGUAGAUUCUCCGCUGAUGUACCAGCAUGGCUGGAAACGUCCCAUCGACUACAUUCUUGCCUACUCUAGAGACGACAUCCAAGAUGUGACUUGGCGCUACACUAAUGACCACCAGAAGAUUCUGCACCUACGAAAGCUGUGCGGGGAAAAAGAAAUGGUGCAAACGCUGGACGCGAUUCGAGCAAAGCGGCGGCAAAAUUGUACCGCCGAUCGAAAGUUGUUCCUCAGCCAGCGCAACAUGUACGAGGUCAUCGGCUUGACGCUAGAGCGUAAGCCGACAGAAAACGAGCUGAAGGGCCGGAGCUCGGGAAGUCUUUCUUGGCGACAGUCACGUGGGGAGCACACUUUUACCAAUAUAUUCGUUUUCAAUCUGAGUGCAGCAGAGCUACAAAAAAGGCAACUGAAUGUGCGGUACAGCUGCGCCACCGAUACAUACGAACGAUAUGCCAAAGACGGAGAACUCAUCACUGUCUUGGAUAGCUAUAAGACCUGGCAAAAAGCGCAAUUUUCCUCAAAGAACAUAUUUCGAAAAGUGGAGCGCGAUUGGAAAAUGGCAUAUUUGGCUAGACUGGAGGACACCGAUUGCGGAGAAAUUGCCUGGACGUUUGAUUUCAGCAAGACCAAUUUAAAGGUUAAGUCCUAUACCUUAGUUUUCGAGACAAAAACUUUUGGCGACGGAAAAAUCAGCGUGACUGUCGAUGCCACCGACGGAAGCGCUUCGGUUGAAAAUGCCACUGGAUUCAAGAUUGUGGCCAAACUUACUGGUGGCAAGGGCGAUGUGGCAUGGCAACACACACAACUGUUCAGGCAGAGUCUUAAUUCAAGAGACUAUCCCUUCGAUCUGCAAGUGCAACUACAUUGAAGUCCUCAUAAUAUUUUUGAAAUCAAAAUGUAAUUGUAAAUAAUAUAAACGAUUCCGAAUCUGGAUGAAAAUAUAAUAAUCAAAAAUGUAUAUUAAAAAUAAGAUAAAGGCACAUAGUCUCGCUAUAUGUAAUUAUACUUGAAGUUUUAAA